AUGGAGGAUAGUGAGGUGGCUUUUAGAGACGAUUUCUACACGGCGGAGGCAAUUGCUUCUGCACCGAAAGCUAAGGGAAAAGAGAAAGCGGUGUCGAAUCCACGAACUGAGGCAAACGUAGGGCUCAAGCAGCAGACUGCCCUUCCGUACGGGGGCGAUUGCCCGAAGCAUUCCAAUCGUCGUAUUUCUGCUUCCUCGCAAUCGCCUCCCCCAAUGAUGCGCGACUACUUGCAACCUGGCGUACACAAUCGGCGAAAUCUCCAACCAGCGAUUCCAGUCUGA